AUGGAAAUUCCAGCAGCAGUAGUAUCAUCACCACUAAAAUCCAUAGUCACAGAAAUCAUAAAACAAGUUGGUUACGACAAGCUUAAAAAGAACUUUAGUCAAAAUGAUUUAUGUUUAACACUGACUGUUGAUUCAAAUUUUCCAUCAUUAGUUGAAGAAUAUCGUCAACUAACUCGCACUGUUAUGCGACGUGAACUAGAAGAUGUAAGACAAGCUAAUAAAAAUAAUAAAUCAAAUGAUUUAGUUAUUGAUUGGAGUGGAUCAUUAAAUGAAUUAUCAUAUAGUGUUCUUACACAAUUUCGUGUUUUACACAAUAUUUCAGUUCUAUCACAAGCAUUUAUACACUUACUUGUUAUUAUGGAACUUCGAUGUUCAGAAGAUUAUGCAUUAUUUAUAAGUCAAGAUGUUAUUGAAGCUUACUUGAAAAUAUUCAUAGAACAAAUACGACAAAGAGCUGAUGUUAAUGAUCUGGGUAUUACUGAUUAUGAAAAAACAAUAUUUAAAGAUAUUUUUUAUUUAUUUAUUGAUCAUUAUAAAAAACGUAUACGUAAUGAUGCAUCAUGGUUUUUACCCUCGAGAGAAAAUUUAUCAAAUAUUCAAAGUAUAUUCGAAACAAUUUCUAUUCUAUUUCAAUUAAAAAUCUGUUCAAAUGAAUCAACAAUCAAAAUACAUCUUGAAGAAAUGAUCAAAACUCGUUUACAAAUGGAUAUUAAUGAUUCAUUUAGUAUUCAUUCAUUUAUAUUUCAGGAUAAGAAUGGUCUACAAUUAACUAAUGUUCGAAAAUUUAUUGAAUUUAUUGAAAAAUUAACUGAAUCAAUGUUAAUUAUAAAAGAAUAUCAGAAAAUCUUUUCAUUAGUUAAUAUAAAUUAUAUAAAAACAUGUUUUUUUCACUACAAUAGUGCAAGUGAUCGUUUAACUGAAUUAACAAAAUGUUUAUUAAAAAAUAUGAUAGAAUAUUUUCAAGUAUAUUCAAAACCAAUGAUUAAAGUAACUUCAUCAAUAUAUGAUCCAAAUUUAAUUCAAAGUUCAAAUAUACUAUUAAAUUUAUAUUUAUAUUUACAAAAAAUUAUUAUAUUAUUUCAAGAUAUUCUUGAAACAGAAGAUUGGCAAACAAAUAUAUUUAAAUUUAAAUUAAUUGAAUAUCAUCAAUGGUUUUCUCCAAUAAUGAAGUUUUUAUUAGAAGGUUUUGCUGCAUAUAUUAGACAAGCAAUUGGGAGAGUAAUAGAAGUCGAUAAUGAAAUUGUUUCUCAUGAAGAUAUUCAUUAUUCUCAAUCAACUAUGGUAGCUACCAAUUUAUGUAUAAAGCUUUAUCAAGAAUGGGAAUCAAUUGAUUAUCCUGAUAUAAAUAUACGUUAUACAGCACUUAUUAAAUUAACAAAUACAAUAUGUGAACAAUGUCAACAUUAUGCAAAACGUACAGCACAUAAAUUAUUAGAAAAUAAAUAUUUUAGUGAUUUAAAUCGUACACGAUCAUUUAAUGUUUCAAAAAAAUUAUGUAUAUUAGUUAAUGAUAUUGAAUAUAUUAAACGAAAACUUCUUUCAUUCUUACCAAAUUUAUUAAAUUUCUCGACUAUUAUUGAUAAAAUGAAUGAAAAUUAUGAUUCAACAGGUUUCCAACAAAUAAAAGUAACACUUGAACGUUUAAUAACAACAGCUGAAUAUAAAAUGAAUGAUGUUAUUAAACUUAUAUUUAAACGUGUUACCACAUUAUUUUUUAUAUCUUUAAAAGAUAAAAUUUCCAAAUAUUAUGAAGAUGAAAAAUGUAAAAAAGUCGAUUCUAUGAAAGAUGUACAUCAAUAUAUCGAUCAAGAAAUUCUUUAUAAAUUCUAUGAAGGUCUUGAAUCAGUUCAAUAUUUUCUUAUUGCUUGUGCUAUACGUAUAAAAACAUUACAAUGUUUAACAGAAUUAUUACUAUUGCACGAAUCACCAGAUUUUUAUGAACGUAUUUUACAAUCAUUUGAUCGUUUGACUGCAUAUUUUGAACAUGUAUGUCGUGAAGAAUCAGAUAUACCUGGUCCAUCAUGUGAAGAAAUAACAACAUUUCGACAUAUACUGCAACAAUUUACAUUAUCAACUGAACAAUUACAAUUAAUUUAUUUUCAAGAAAUAACUCAAACAUAUUCUCUUGUAAAUACUCUUUGA